AUGUAUUCGGUUCGGAAUGAGGUAUUGGCGACGGACCCUCCAGUACCUCCGGCUUUUCAAGACAAGCUUCUUGGGCGAGUCGCUAGUCGUUGGAUCGUUAUUUAUUUCUUCAAGCACUAUCGUCGAGAUCGACCACUCAUCAAGGCUGGGAUAAUUAUCAGCUUGGUGAUGGAUACGUACAGGCGUAACGACCGCUGUGGUGUAAUCCUUUCUGAUAUAUCGUUUUUGGAGCUUACUCGUCGAAUCCUACUCGGCCUAUAUGACAUCGAUUUCGCUGCACAGGCUGCCGGAUUAAUCGCCACUGCUGCCACCCAGAUUAUGUGCCCUCAGUACGCCGAACGAUACAAGGGUCGCGUAUAUGUCACGUACGUUUCCGUUAGCCUCACAUUCCAGUCGAGAAAGAUGAAUCCUACAUUUCAGGAGAGCAAGCGGUACCCUGUAAAGGUUAUCAACCGGCUCAUCGGGUCAGUCAUCUCUACGGGAACAGCAUCUACGACCGCAGCCAUCGUAAUUCUGAUAGUUUUUCUAAAGAUGCCUAUGAUCAACGGACCAGUUUCGACCGGGGUGGCUUUUUGCUUGGGCCGCCUUUAUUCGUUCACAAUGCUGUACAGUCUGAACAAGAGGAGUGCUCUUCGUGCCGAAGGUUCCUCAGGCCAUAGUAGUGGACAUCAAGAUCGAGCGGUCAAUAUUAACGCGGAACUGUUCAGUAGCGAUGGAGGCAUACCUUUCUUGAAAGACGUCCAUCACACCGCACGGAUAGAUGUAUCGGAAGCCGGUCGGGAGCGAGAGUCCUCUUCGCAUUCUGCAGCUUCUGGUGUUCCUGCUCCAAAGGCAAGCUAUGCUAAUAUUGAAGCAUAUCUUCUGCACAACCUUGACACAGCCGUUAACAAGACUGGUCCGGAAAACUAUCAAUCGGGUUGGGCUGUCUAG